CGGUGCAGCACAGCUGCCAUGGCGACUCUGCUGUUCCUCGUCCUCGCGCUCGCCUGCGCCGCCCGGACUAGUCACGGGGGUUCAUCUAUUUCUCGCUGACGAUAGCCACAAGUUGUCAGAGCUGAGGUUCACAGAAACCGGCCCUCUUCUCCGUCUGUACUGGGCUCCUUACAACAUGAUCAAGACCUUGUCUCCUGGGGAGGACGCCAAAUUUGAGGGUUCGACGACAGUCGACAGGAUGAGAUUGACGGGCACCGCCAAGGUUCACCGAUCUCUGCUGCCACCUCGGAUAACGCUUGUCAACGCGGCGAGCGUGCAUCCUGUCAACGCCAGCACCACCGAGCUCCAGUACGACAACUUGUACUCCAUCACCAAUUAUGGAAUUGCACUUCCAGACUUAAUGGUCCUUGCUCGAUAUAAAGCUAUUGGCGCUCGCUUCUUGUUUGACAAUGAUGACAGUUAUUCAGAACACUGGAAGAGAAAUGACUGAGAAAUGAAUUUCUACCUGCAACUCAUUGCUCAACUCUUAAUCUCAUCAAUAAAGUAACUUAACUUCAAAUUGUACAUACUGUAAGACAGGUCAGAAGUUUGAUUUUUUGAAUGAUAAUUAACCAUAGAAUUAGAAAAUAAAUCUGAUUUCUUUUGUAAAAUAAAAUCUUUAAUUUAUAUCUCA